AUGGCAGGCGCAGGAGAACAAGCCUUUGAUUAUGGCUUCCUGCUGUGUAUAAGGGAGGACGUGCGCAGGUUAGAGGCCUUGAACGAGUACUUGUGCAGCCGUAGCUACCUGGCCGGCUACGCACCGUCGCGCGCCGACGAGGAAGCGUUUGCGCUUCUCCGCGGGCCCCCUGACCGGCGACACGCGCACGCCCUGCGCUGGUACAAGCACAUAGCCGCCCUCCAGACCCAAACGAGCAGCCAGGCGCCAGACGCCAGCACGAAAGGCAAACGUCUCCAGCCUCACUGGUCUCCUCCAGAUGGGACAGAACAGCCAAAACUCAGACUGUACAACAGCCUGACUCGGACCAAGGAGGUGUUUAUCCCGCAGCAUAGCAACAGAGUGCUGUGGUACUGCUGUGGCCCCACAGUCUAUGAUGCGUCACACAUGGGCCAUGCCAGAUCCUACAUUUCUUUUGACAUCCUUCGAAGAAUUCUGAUGGACUAUUUUAAAUAUGAUGUCUUCUACUGCAUGAACAUCACUGACAUUGAUGAUAAGAUCAUUAAGCGUGCCAGACAGACUCACCUGCUGGAGCAGUACAGAGCGAAGAAACCCAGUGCCACUCAGAUACUGCAGGACGUCUUAUCCGCACGAGAGCCUUUCAAAGCCAAGCUUGCGGAGACCACAGACCCAGAUAAGAAGCAGAUGUUUGAACGACUGGACACGGCCGUGACGACUGCGCUGACUCCCCUACAGGGGGCAGCGCAGAGCGGCACUGUAGACGCUACCAUCCAGAGUCAGGCUCAGGUUUUACUUGAAGAAGCCAAGGACCUUUUGGCUGAGUGGUUGGAUUCCCAGUUUGGCAGCCAAGUAACAGAAAACUCAAUUUUCUCACUGUUGCCAAAAUACUGGGAAGGGGAGUUUCACAAAGACAUGGAUGCCCUCAAUGUUCUCCCUCCUGAUGUACUCACACGGGUCAGUGAGUACGUGCCAGAGAUUGUGGAGUUUGUAAAGAAAAUAGUCAACAAUGGAUAUGGGUAUGAGUCCAACGGGUCGGUGUAUUUUGACACUGUGAAGUUUGACACCAGUUCAGGACACGCAUACGCUAAACUGGUCCCUGAGGCGGUGGGGGAUCAGAAAGCCCUGCAGGAGGGGGAAGGUGAUCUGAGCAUCUCGGCAGACCGUCUGAGUGAGAAGCGUUCUCAGAAUGACUUUGCCCUGUGGAAGGCCUCCAAACCCGGGGAGCCGUCCUGGGAAUCUCCCUGGGGGAAGGGACGUCCCGGGUGGCACAUCGAGUGCUCCGCCAUGGCUGGGUCCAUUCUGGGGUCGUCCAUGGACAUACACGGAGGAGGGUUUGAUCUGCGGUUCCCUCACCAUGACAACGAGCUAGCACAGUCUGAGGCCUAUUUUGAGAACGACCACUGGGUGCGCUAUUUCUUACACACGGGUCACCUGACCAUCGCUGGCUGCAAAAUGUCAAAGUCUCUGAAGAACUUCAUCACCAUCAAAGAUGCUCUGGCCCGUCACACAGCACGGCAGCUACGUUUGGCCUUUCUCAUGCACUCGUGGAAGGACACGCUUGACUAUUCCAUCAACACCAUGGAGUCUGCCAUUCAGUACGAGAAGUUCAUGAACGAGUUCUUCCUCAAUGUUAAGGACAUCCUGAGGACCCCCACUGACUUUACGGGUCAGUUUGAGAAGUGGGCGGUGGAGGAGGUUGAACUCAAUAAGAGUUUCUACGAGAAGAAAGAGGCCGUUCACGAGGCUCUGUGUGACAACAUCGACACGCGCUCAGCUCUGGAGGAGAUGCGAACUCUGGUGGGUCAGAGCAACAGCUACAUGGCAACCAGGAAGGCCGCAAAACUGCUGCCCAAUCGCGUGUUGCUGCAGAGCAUCGCCCGCUACCUGACCCACAUGUUCCAGACAUUUGGAGCAAUUGAGGGAACAGAACCUAUUGGAUUCCCUGUUGGAACAAAUGGCCAAAAUGUUGAUCUGGAAAGCACAGUCAUGCCCUAUUUAAACGUGCUGGCGGACUUCAGAGAGGGUGUCCGAAAAAUCGCAAGGGAACAAAAAGUGACAGAAGUGCUCCAGUUGUGCGAUACCGUCCGGGAUGACGUUCUCCCAGAGCUAGGAGUCCGAAUGGAGGAUCACGAAGGUCUGCGUACCGUGUUGAAGCUCGUAGACAGAGAGACUCUGCUGAAGGAGAGAGAAGAAAAGAAAAUGCUGGAGGAGGAAAAGAAGAAAAAGAAGGAGAAAGCUCUGAGGAAGAAGCGUGACGAGGAGAUGGCAAAACAGGCAAAGAUGAAGGUUCCUCCUAGUGAGAUGUUCCGCUCAGAAACAGAGAAGUAUUCCAGCUUCGAUGACACGGGUUUCCCUACACGUGAUGCGGAAGGGAAGGAAAUUAGCAAGGGACAGGCAAAAAAACUGCGUAAGCUGUAUGAAGCACAGGAAAAGCUGUACAAUGAGUACCUCCAGUCAAACCAGAACGGAAGCUGAGAUCGCCCGGGGCCUCUGGGGCUGUCAGCCCACAGUGUCUGCUCCACCAUCGUCCUGCCGUGAUUGUUGACUGUUUGACAACAAGAAUUUCAGACCGUUUAUGGGUCUGGGUGCAAACCAUGGCAUCUUUCAUUCUCUUAAAUAAGAUAGGAAAGAGAGGCUGUAUUCUUUUCUUUUUUAGGGUUUGAAAACAUUGCUUUGGAGAUAUGAAUACAUGUUUGAUGAUGAGAUCUAGGUUUUCAGCUUUAAAGCUGAAAAUAGUUGAAGGAUUCUAACAGUAUCUAUUGAAUUGAAUAGAAAUAUUAAUCAGACAUUAAUUAUAAUGGGACAUAAAGAUUUUCUCCACAGCAAUGUUUGGUACAGUUUUCAAUAAAACUGAAUAAUUUCACCAGCAUAAUAACGACAGAUAUGAUUCCUUUUAUAUCUUAUAUAAUUUGAAAAUUAUGACAGAUGCUUGAAGAAGUUCCGUGGAACUUAAAUUCCAACAAAUAAAUAAAUGAUUGAAUGAAUGAAAACAAAAACUAAAGUUUGAUCUGGACAUUUCUUAGUGUGUGGCCUGAUUGGGUCACAGGUUUUAAAGAUCAAGUAUAUAGCAUAGGACUUUGAUAGGUGUCAUCAUUGAAAAUACAUUUUUUUGCAAAUUUCAUGAAAAAAAAAGAAUAAUAGAGGAAGGACUUUAAAAUAAAUUGAAAACUUUAAAGUGAAACGCCUUCGAGUGACGUAUCAGGAAAUAGUGUUCUUAACUAUAAACCAUUACCAACAAGGACUUAAUUGGCCUCUAGCAGGCCAGGUCUUCAGAAAAGGCCUUACAAACGUCAGGAAUACGGGGCUGCUUACCUAGAAAUGACAGUUUAUUAAAGCAAGUGUUUAGUGGACACGUGCCACUCUCUGUCUUUAUCUUGUUUACCAUAAAUGUAAUCCUCAAGCUCCAGAAAACACUUGUAUAAUGUAUAUGGAAAUACUAAGAAUGAAACAGCUGAACGUCCAGUUGUCGGUUGUGUGUUAAGGAUGUUAAAUUGUGUUCUUGGAUCUUUGCCACUUUGGAAGAUGUACUGUCAUGACCUUUGUUAUUGUAACUAUAUUGGGAACAUUUAUAAAGUGUGAUUUAUUUCCAGUCUGUCGGAUCGUUUAUCACAAUAAAAUUGUAAAACAUUUUAGUCACA